AUGGAUGAUGGUGCCUUGAUCCAAGCUGCUGCUCAAGGAGCCCUUUCUCCCGAAUAUACCAAGCUCUGUGCAUGGCUGGUUGCUGAGCUGAAAUUGUUCUGCAAACUAGAAGAAAGCGUAGAAGCCACUAAUAGCCCUGCAGAGGCAGAAGGGUUUCAACUAGAAAUGAGUGGUCUUUUGGCAGAGAUGAACUGCCCGUAUUCCUCUCUGAUAUCUGGAGAUGUCACUAAACGCCUUCUUGACAAGAAGAACUGCCUACUUUUGCUAACGUAUUUGAUAUCAGAACUUGAAGCCGCGCGAAUGCUGAGUGUAAAUAUGCCUGUAAAGAAGGAACAAGAUGGAGGAGGCAGUGACGUCUUUAAGGAAUUGAAGACUAUAUGCAUGACUCUGGGAAUGUCAAAACCCCCAGCCAAUAUCACAAUGUUCCAGUUUUUUAGUGGAAUAGAGAAAAAAUUAAAAGAAACCUUAGCAAAAGUGCCACCUAAUCAUAUGGGAAAGCCUCUUCUGAGCAAGACACUGGGGCCAACUCAUUGGGAGAAAAUAGAAGCAAUUAAUCAAGCCAUAAGUAAUGAAUAUGAAGUCCGGAGAAAAAUGUUGAUUAAACGUUUGGAUGUGACUGUACAGUCAUUUGGUUGGUCAGACCGAGCAAAGAGUCAGUCUGACAAACUGGGCAAGGUUUACCAGCCGAAGCGAGCAGCCUUAUUAAGCAAAAGCACCAUAUCAGUUGCUCAUCUUCUAGCAGCGCGGCAUGAUCUAUCAAAAAUCCUGAGGACUAGUAGUGGAUCGAUUCGGGAGAAGACUGCUUGUGCUAUAAAUAAGGUUAGCUACCUUGGCAAACAACAAGUUAUGGGUUUAAAUGCCCAACACCAGCCAAUCCUUAUGCUGUUUUGGCCAGUGGGGAGGGAUAGAUCCACUGCCUGGUUUUUACUGUUGUCUGUGACCCCUUUGAAAAUAUUUCCCCUUACUAACGUUUGGGACCGGAAAUUAUGGGAUCUCCAUUGA